CGUUUUCCUCGUUCGAACGGUUUCUGGGGUUUGUCUAACGACUACGAUUCAAAAUUAUGAGGAAGAAGCUCGAUACUCGUUUUCCUGCCGCUCGUAUAAAGAAAAUAAUGCAAGCUGACGAGGAUGUUGGCAAGAUUGCUUUGGCGGUUCCUGUCUUAGUUUCAAAAGCUUUGGAAUUAUUCUUACAAGACCUUUGUGAUCAUACUUAUGAAAUUACCCUUCAAAGAGGAGCCAAGACCGUUAGCUCAUUACAUCUAAAAAACUGUGUCGAAAGAUACAAUGUGUUUGAUUUUCUGAGGGAAGUUGUCAGCAAGGUGCCUGACUAUGGCCAUGAGCAUGGUCACGGUCAAGGCCAUGCUGAUGUAACCAUGGAGGACCGCAGUAUCUCUAAGAGAAGGAAGCCUACCGGUGAUGAAGUUAAUGACAGCGAUGAGGAAUUGAAGAAAACUAAAGUGCACGAGAUGGGGCAUGCGGGACCCAGUGGAAGGGGUAGAGGCAGAGGGCGUGGAAGGGGGCGCGGACGAAGUGCAAAAACCGCGGAAAGAGAGCUUCUUAAUCGCGAUAUGGAAAUAGAACCAACCAUAUUGGUAGCACCACCACUUACCCUAGACGAAAUCAAGAUGCCUGCACCAUCACAACAACUGACUCUGCAAGACAGUGAGAAGAAGGAUGUUGAUGAGCGGUCUAACCAAACAAAGCAAGAGCCGCAAAGUCCCAAAAAAGAAGGUAACGACACAAACUCAGGGUUGGGUCGGGGUUUUGAUCUGAACACACAAUCACUCGACAUCGAGUUAAAGCCGCCAGUAAUCACAGCCUCAAUAGAAUUGAAACCUGCCGAGGAAUAUCAGUGUUGGUCUAUCCCGAAUAUGGCGAAUAUGGAUCCAAUGCAGCUUGCCAAUAUGAGUAAGAGGGAUCAUGGAGCCGAUGGAUGGGAAAGGUCCGAUUUCCCAAUCACCUGCGAAUCUUGCUUCGGUGACAAUCCGUACGUGCGAAUGACCCGAGCGGAUUAUGAUAAGGAAUGCAAGAUAUGUAGACGCCCUUUCACAGCUUUUAGGUGGCGACCAGGCCGGAAUGCUAGAUUCAAGAACACCGAAAUUUGUCAGACUUGCUGCAACCUGAAAAAUGUAUGCCAAGUCUGUCUUCUGGAUCUCGAGUUUGGUCUUCCUGUUCAGGUCAAAGACACAGCACUCAAUAUUAAUAGUACUCAUUACUCUAUCCCAGAGAGCCAUGUCAACAGAGAGUACUUUGCUGAGGACCAUGACAGAAAGACUGGAGCUGGACUGGAUUAUGAAUCUUCAUUUGGGAAGAUGCUACCUAAUGAUACUAUUUCAAAUCUUCAAAGAACAACUCCAUACUAUAGAAGGAACCGGCCACGAGUUUGUAGUUUCUACACCAUUGGUCAGUGUAAAAGAGGUGCCGAAUGUUCAUACCGGCACGAGAUGCCCGAAACAGGAGAGCUAUCACAGCAAAACAUAAAAGAUCGUUAUUAUGGUGUAAAUGAUCCAGUCGCGAUGAAGUUACUUAGAAAAGCUGGUGAGAUGGGCACUUUGGAACCACCAGAGGAUGAAAGCAUCAAAACGCUUUACGUCGGUGAACUUAACUCGAGUAUCCUCGAGCAGGACAUACAUGACAAAUUCUACGCUUAUGGAGAAAUUGAAUCUAUCAGAGUCUUGGCCGAGAAAGGCUAUGCGUUUGUCACAUACACAACCCGAGAAGGAGCAGAGAAGGCCAUUCAAGACCUCUCCAACAGGCUAGUUGUCAACGGUCAGAGGCUAAAACUCACAUGGGGAAGACCUAAGGUCCCCAAACCUUAUCAAAGUGGUUCAAACCAACAGCAACAGGGCAGUGUGGCUCAUAGUGGUUUAAUACCGCGAGCCGCUAUAUCUCAGCAGCAGUACUAUAUGCACCCACUACCACCUAACCAAUACAGACCUUAUUACCUAUCAAUGGAGCCGCAGAGAAUGGGUGCAGUCAUUUCAACCCAAGAGGGUGGUGGUUCAAGCACCAGUGAGAACAACGGAGCUUCUUCUUCUUACCCGAUGCCUCCACACCAGCCAUACCCGCCACCGCCAUAUGGAUAUAUGACAUGAAAAUUAGUCUUGACGUUCUUAAUUACUUUAGUUUUCAGAUGCUAUUAAAUUCUUGAAUAACUC